AUGAAGCUAGCCAUGACUCUCAGACACCUGGCUACAGGAGACCAGUAUCACACCAUCCAGUAUGACUUCCGGUGUGGCUACAGCACAGUGGUAUGGAUUGUGCAGGAAGUCUGUCAGGCCAUCAUACAGGAGCUGAAGGAUGAAGUCAUGCCACUGCCAAGGACCCAGGAGGACUGGAAAGACAUUGCCCAGCAGUUCCAAUAUCGGUGGAAUGUUCCUCAUGCCCUGGGGGCCUUGGAUGGCAAGCACAUAGCCAUCAGGAAACCACACAACUCAGGCAGUGUGUUCUUCAACUACAAAGGUUUUUUCUCUGUGGUGCUGAUGGCCCUGGUGGAUGCGGACUAUAAAUUCAUCUGGAUAGACACUGGUGGAGAAGGUCAUCAAUCCGACGCACAGCUGUUUGGUGCUUCAGAACUGAAAGAGUCCAUUGAUGACAACACCAUAAACUUCCCGGACAGCGAUCCCUGCCCAAUGAUGACAGAGACACACCCUACUACAUCCUGGGGGAUGAUGCUUUUCCUCUGA